AUGUCACAGCCGCCCUUCCUGCCGUGGGGCCUGCCCUACCAGCACAGAUGUAAAGGCGAAGUGGAGGAGACGAGGACAGACUACAGAGAUCACUAUAUACACAGAUGCAGCACAUACGUGAAGUGUACAGAGGAGGCGGAGGCCAGCGAGGCGCGGGAGGAGGCCGUGUCAAGCAGUGCGGAGAUCUGGGGAGAUAGACUCGUGAGCAGCUCGCACUGCAGCCCCGCGUCGCCGCGAGCCGAGGCGUCAUCACCGCACCACCACGUCACCACUACGCACGCGGGGGCCGGCGCGGGCGGUCGGCGCGGCGCGCUGCAGCUGUGGCAGUUCCUGGUGUCGCUGCUGGCGGAGGGCGCGCGCUGCGUGGCGUGGACCGGCCGCGGGCUGGAGUUCAAGCUGCACGAACCAGAAGAGGUGGCGCGGCGCUGGGGCGCGCAGAAGAACCGUCCCGCCAUGAACUACGACAAAUUGUCGCGAUCGCUGCGCUACUACUACGAGAAGGGAAUCAUGCAGAAAGUCGCAGGUGAACGCUACGUGUACAAGUUCGUGUGCGACCCGGAGGCGCUGUUCAGCAUGAGCCGCGUGCCGCCCGCGCCCUACGAAAUGCUCACGCAGCUCUACUGCCCGCCCUACGCGCCGGCCGCCGCCGCCGCCGCGCCCACCACCAGUGUACCACCUACAGACUACCGCCGCUACUACCAGCACGCCGCGCACUACGACACUUAGGCGUUCAUACAGUGCGGCAAGGAUCUAUUGGCGCGUGCCCAAAAUCGGAACUAACGCCGCCAUCUUGUGAAGUGUCACGCUGUCCCCUUGUAUGUGGUGUUGC